AGUAAUAAAGAGGAACAGCGCGGGUGGGCAGGGCUGGGUCGGGCCGGGCAGCGGGGCGGUGCUCGGCGGGGACCGGGCAAGGCUUAGCGGUGGGGCUCGGCCGUGUCGUGCCGUGCCGGUGGGACCAUGCCGUCCUACACCGUCACCGUGGCUACGGGCAGCCAGUGGUUCGCGGGCACCGACGACUAUGUGUACCUGAGCCUGGAGGGCACUGCGGGCUGCAGCGAGAGGCACCUCCUGGACAAACCCUUCUACAACGACUUUGAGCGCGGCGCGGUUGACUCCUAUGAUGUGACGGUGGAAGAAGACCUUGGAGAAAUUCAGCUAAUAAAAAUUGAGAAACGAAAAUAUUGGUACCAAGAUGACUGGUACCUUAAGCACGUCACUGUCAAAACACCACUGGGCGAUUAUCUGGAAUUCCCAUGUUACCGUUGGAUUACAGAUGAAAAAGAAGUUGUCCUUCGAGAUGGAAGAGCAAAGCUCCCCCGGGAUGACAAGACCCAGAUACUCAAGCAGCACAGACGCAAAGAGCUUGAGAAUCGUCAAAAAAUGUACCGCUGGAAGGAGUGGCAUCCUGGCUUUCCAUUGAGCAUUGAUGCCCACUGUCACAGUGAACUGCCCCGUGACAUCCAGUUUGACAAUGAGAAAGGAAUCGACUUCAUUCUGAACUACUCCAAAGCGAUGGAGAAUCUUUAUAUCAACCGUUUUAUGCACAUGUUCCAGUCUUCCUGGAGUGACUUUGCAGAUUUUGAGAAGAUCUUUGUGAGAAUCAGUAACACAAUCUCUGAAUAUGUGAUGCAGCACUGGAAAGAAGAUUUUAUGUUUGGCUACCAGUUCCUGAAUGGCUGCAAUCCUGUGCUGAUCCGGCGAUGCACAGAGAUUCCCAAGAAGUUGCCAGUGACCAUGGAUAUGGUAGAAUGCAGCCUGGAGAGGAACUUGACCCUGGAAGAAGAAGUGAAGCAAGGGAACAUUUUCAUUGUGGACUAUGAACUGCUGGAUGGCGUGGAUGCCAAUAAGACAGACCCAUGCACGAUACAGUACUUGGCUGCACCCAUCUGUUUGCUGUACAAGAAUCUGGAGAAUAAAAUAGUACCCAUUGCAAUCCAGCUUGGUCAAAAGCCUGGGCCAGAAAAUCCCAUUUUCCUUCCUUCAGAUGCUACCUAUGACUGGUUGCUGGCCAAAAUUUGGGUUCGCUCAUCUGAUUUCCACAUCCACCAGACAGUGACCCAUCUCUUAAGGACACACCUUGUCUCAGAGGUGUUCAGCAUUGCCAUGUUCCGGCAGCUGCCUGCUGUACAUCCCCUCUUCAAGCUGUUGGUGCCACACAUGCGAUUCACAAUAGCCAUCAACACCAAAGCUCGAGAACAGCUCAUUUGUGAAUGUGGCCUUUUUGACAAGGCAAAUGCUACAGGUGGAGGAGGACACGUGCAAAUGGUUCAGAAAGCAAUGAAGGAUCUGACUUACAGCUCACUCUGCUUCCCUGAAGAUAUCAAAGCUAAGGGGAUGGACAGCAAAGAGGAUAUCCCCUACUACUAUUACAGAGAUGAUGGCAUUAGAGUUUGGGAGGCAAUAAAGAGUUUUGCAGAGGAUGUGAUUCAAAUCUACUACGAGAGUGAUGAGGUGGUGUGUGAAGAUGUGGAACUCCAGGCCUUUGUCAAAGAUAUUUACAUGUAUGGGAUGAGGGGCGUGAAGGCCUCAGGGUUUCCUAAGGUGAUCAAGACAAGGGAGAAACUAGCAGAAUAUCUCACAGUGAUAAUAUUCACCGCAUCAGCCCAGCACGCAGCUGUGAAUUUUGGUCAGUAUGACUGGUGUUCCUGGAUUCCCAAUGCCCCACCAACAAUGCGCUGCCCUCCUCCGACAGAAAAGGGGACAGUCACCAUCGAGCAGAUUGUGGAGAGUCUGCCAGACAGAGGACGUUCUUGUUGGCAUCUGGGAGCUGUCUGGGCCUUGAGCCAGUUCCAGGACAAUGAACUGUUUCUGGGCAUGUAUCCAGAUGAACAUUUUGUGGAGAAGCCAGUGAAAGAGGCUAUGGCAAAAUUCCGCAAGAAUCUGGAUGAGAUCGUCAGUGCCAUCACCGAGCGCAACAAGAACAAAAAGCUCCCUUACUACUACCUGUCCCCAGAUCGCAUUCCCAACAGUGUUGCUGUUUGAGCAACAGGGAGAGCUCAGCGGAGCAUAAAACCAGUGAAUGCUUCCUGUUACAUAUGGUUCUCAAUACAGGCCUUUAAGAAAUUUGUAAAAUAACAAACACGCUCUCUCCAUCAGAGCUGACCCUUACUCUAUUUUGGCUUUCAAAGCACAUUUAACUAUGACAAAUCUUGCACACAGUUUAGCUGGCGACUACUUAGGUCAAAUUUGUUACAAGCUUAUAUCACCAAGAUUUUUGUAUUAAUCUUAGAAUCAAUACCUGCAUUAGUGUUAGCUUUCCUUUUCCCAGUCAAAACAAAGAAACCAUUGGACAUAGCAGUGAAAGUGGAUGAAGAUGGGUGUCUUCGUAUCCUCAUUUCGCUCAUCUGAUUCAAUGAAAAUAGUAUCAGGAGCAAUAAACAGGUCAUAUCUUUUAAAUGCUUCCUAUUUUUAAUAGAUGAUGCUCAGGACUUGAAUUCAUAGUCUUUCAAGUUUGUGUGGUGUUUAUAAUCUGAUUUAAAAACUUAAGUUAAAUAUUUUCACUGCAACUUUGUAUGCCCCAGCCAGGAUGAAGGUAAAAGCAGAACAUUUCUGUAACACAGACAAGAGUUUUUAUCACCUUCUUACAGCGAAGUCACUUUUCUCAUCUAAAAUGAGAAAAUCUGGUUUAUAGGAAAUGAAUUUUUUUACCUUUAUGUACCUAUAUAUUUUCUACAUAAAACUAGUAAAGUUUGUUUCAGCAUCUGCCAGAAGAGUUUUCUGUCACUGAUAUGCAUGGCAAAUGUUUUGCUUAGCACAGUAACAAAUACAGACUUAGCAGUGGUUAUUCUCAGUUUCAUUGUUGAGAAGGCUGGGCACUGUGGGCAGCUUCUUUUGUUCUGGAAGGGAAGAAAAGGCUACUUUCUAUAAAGGUUAUGGAGAAAGGUCAAAUGAUGGCUUCUAAGAAGGAUCCUUGGAUUUGACUAAUUAAGUAUAAUCUGUUCCACUUUAGAGACAUCCGAGUUGUGUCUGUUAUAUUCAGAGAUGAUCAGGCUCAAGUAUCUGGGCUUUGGUUUAAGACUGGGAGUCACAGAGGUAACAAAAGGGAGAAGUGAGGUUUGGGAAACUUAAGAGUAGUAGUUUAAUUAAUAACACUUCUGGAUUAUUUUUCCCAGAUUUUUUGUACUAGUGGUGUAAGCCUGCAGUGUUUGUUUUGUUGUUUGUUUUUUAAAUAGAUGAGAAAGCUGCUUUUGCUAAUAAAACAGAACUGAACAAGAAAAUCUAGCUUUUAUUUCUUAAUUCACUUUCUAAUGCUCUAUGUUUUGGAAAACUUGUUAGGAAUAUAAGGUUUACAUAAAGAACAUAAGGUGCUGUGUAGAGAAAUGAAGCUCCUGUACAUUGAGAAAAUACAGUUAUUUCUGUCACUUGUGUGAGUUUCAAAUAAGAUUGGUGCUAAAGUGUCCUUCGUGUUUCAUAUGAAAUACAGACUUGGAAAGGACAAGUAUUUUAGACCCUUGAUGGUAGUCUGAUUCCCUUUUUCUUCUACCAGUGAAAGAGCUUCAGCAAAAAUGUGGACAGUGAGACCACUUCCUUCUCUUGAGGAAGUACGCUUAUGACUUGUGUGUUUUCCUCUUACCACAGCCCAUGAGAAUGAUGGCUGCAGGCACCAAGGCAUGCGAUUGUGAGUGGUGCUGGAAGACAGCCAGAGGACUAGAGACCAUAGCAUGCGAACCACAAAAAAAAAAAAAAAAAAAAAAAGCUCAGCUGAAUUU